UCGCAAAAAUAAAUGAAUCAAACUUUAACAACUGCCACUAAUUUUGAUAAAAUACUUAAAAUGAUUAAUGAAUAGUCAUACAUUAGGGAUUAGUGCAGAUGCUCGAGCAUAGUCUUCAAGGUCACGACGGUUUUUAUCAGCAACCUGUCUUCCAACCUUUAGUUGUCAGUUUCUCCUCUCCUCAAGCACAUUUCGAUCUCGGACACAUCUGAUUGGUCGGGAGGGCAAACACCCCCAAAUGAUGUGCGUUACGUCAUAAGAGCGCGCCGCUCGGCUGUGCGUAACUCCGAUUAUUAUGGCGGCUUACAGAAGCGCUGCAGGAUUUCAGAGAGUUUUUCAUGCUGUUAAGCAUGUCUGUCUUAAGCAGAGGUGCGGUGUUAUAAUCUGCCGGUACUCUACAGUGUAUGACCCAAAUGAGAAGACCUUUGAUAAAAUCCUCAUUGCAAACAGAGGCGAGAUCGCCUGCAGGGUGAUUAAAACAUGUAAGAAGAUGGGCAUCAAGACCGUCGCAGUUCACAGUGAUGUGGACUCUAGUGCGGUUCACGUAAAGAUGGCUGAUGAAGCCGUGUGUGUUGGUCCUGCCCCUACAAGUAAAAGUUACCUGAACAUGGAUGCUAUCAUGAAUGCCAUCAAGCAGACUGGAGCUCAAGCUGUUCAUCCUGGCUAUGGAUUCCUGUCUGAAAAUAAGGAGUUUGCUAAGAGACUGGCGGCCGAGGGGGUGACCUUCAUUGGUCCUGACACGCAUGCCAUCCAGGCCAUGGGGGAUAAGAUCGAGAGCAAACUCAUCGCCAAAGAUGCCAAAGUCAACACCAUCCCAGGCUUUGAUGGGGUGGUCAAGAAUGCAGAAGAGGCUGUUAAAAUUGCAGGAGAAAUUGGUAAGAAUUAUUCAAAUGGUGACAUUUUUAUAAUGCUUUUUAUCUGUCAAGAAAAAGGUAAAGUGAUAAAGCAAACUCAGAAUGUGUGUCCGUCUCUUAAAGGCUACCCUGUUAUGAUAAAGGCAUCUGCUGGUGGAGGCGGUAAAGGGAUGAGGAUUGCCUGGAAUGAUGAGGAAACCAGGGAAGGCUUUCGUUUUUCCUCCCAGGAGGCAGCAUCUAGUUUUGGAGAUGACCGUCUGCUGAUUGAGAAGUUCAUAGAUAACCCCAGACAUAUUGAGAUUCAGGUGUUGGCGGACAAACAUGGCAAUGCUCUGUGGUUGAAUGAGAGAGAGUGCUCCAUCCAGAGAAGAAACCAGAAAGUGGUGGAGGAGGCACCCAGCACCUUUCUGGACCCAGACACCCGGAGAGCGAUGGGAGAGCAGGCCGUAUCUCUGGCAAAAGCAGUGAAAUACUCCUCAGCGGGCACUGUGGAGUUUCUUGUUGACUCCAAAAAGAACUUCUACUUCUUGGAGAUGAACACCCGUCUACAGGUGGAGCAUCCGAUCACUGAGUGUAUCACAGGACUGGAUCUGGUGCAGCAGAUGAUCCGCAUCGCAAAGGGCUACAAACUCCAGCAAACACAGUCUGACAUACCCAUAAAUGGCUGGGCCAUCGAGAGCAGAGUCUAUGCUGAGGAUCCGUACAAAUCAUUUGGCCUCCCCUCCAUCGGCCGGCUGUCACAGUACCAGGAGCCACUCAAUUUGCCCAAUGUUCGAGUGGACAGUGGAAUUCAAGAAGGAAGUGACAUUAGUAUCUACUAUGAUCCCAUGAUUUCUAAGCUGGUCACAUACGGUAAAACACGUGAAGAAGCUCUGAAGAAAAUGGAAGAAGCACUCGAUCAUUAUGUCAUCAGAGGUGUUACCCAUAACAUUCCUCUACUGAGAGAGAUCAUUGUCCACCCUCGGUUUGUGUCUGGUGAUAUCAGCACCAAGUUUCUCCCUGAGGUGUAUCCUGAUGGGUUCAAAGGUCACCUGUUAACAGCAGGAGAGAGACAGGAGCUGCUGGCUACGGCUGCCGCUCUUUAUGUAGCAGCACAGCUCCGAUCGCAGAAGUUUCUGGGAGAUGUGAGGGUGUCCAUUGUUCCUGCAGAGAGCAGACAGUGGGAGUUGUGUGUGGAGCUUGAUAAAGGCGUUCACAUGCUGGGUGUGUCUCGGUCUGGAAAUGACUUUACGGUGGAGAUAGAUGGAGAGAAGGUUGAAGUGUCUGGAGAAUGGAACCUGGCCUCAGCAUUGCUGCCCAUCACCAUCAACGGCAAACACAGGAAUCUCCAGUGUCUGUUGCGGACAGCAGCUGGAGAAAUCACCCUGCAGUAUCUGGGCACUUCAUUUAAGCUGCGUGUGCUGAGUAAACUGGCAUCAUCCCUCAGUAAACACAUGCCAGAGAAGAUUCCAGAAGACACCAGUAGUAUCCUCCGCUCUCCAAUGCCAGGAUCUGUGGUGGCCGUGUCCGUUAAACCAGGAGAUAAUGUUGCAGAGGGACAGGAGAUUUGUGUGAUUGAAGCCAUGAAGAUGCAGAACAGCAUGACCGCAGCAAAAACUGCCAAGGUGAAGAGUGUGCACUGUAAAGCUGGAGAUACAGUCGGAGAGGGAGAUCUCCUGGUGGAGCUGGAGUAGCAGAUCACCUGCAGGUUCUGGAGAUCAUCAGUCGCUGUGGAGGAGCAAAUGAAGACACUAGGAGAGCAGAUGGACCAUUCCUCCAUUUGCUUUUGUUUUCCACCUCAUGGUUUUUCUCCUCUUUCAUUAUGACUAUAAUGUUUUCCAUCUGUCUGGAAUGUAGCUGGAUUCUAGUGAAGGAAAUGUCAAAACACUUACGGUCGCUUGUGCCUUGGUUUUAUUGUUUGACAUGGAAUUAACCACACAUCAGCAGCAGUGAGAAAGCAUCUUUAUAUGCAGCUAGUGUAAGCUGUUGACACUCCCUACCUCUCUCUCUCUCUCUGCUCUCUGUGUACAUUUAGCAUUGUUUAGAGGAAGUGCUGUGAAUGCUUUGCAUUGCUGCAACUCAGUUUUAAUUAUUAGUUUAUAUUAUGCAAUGAUUUUUCUGUUCCGUGAUUAUUCAAACAUAAUGGGCCUAUUCACUCUUCAUCUUCAAAUCACCACUCCCACACUGAUCUAUUGAAGUCUUUUCAUAGAACUUGUACCUCAUUUCUGUCAUAAAAUGCAUUAAACUCCAUUUGUGAUGAGUUUAUCCUGGAGGUGCACUGUUCAAACGGUUCAUUUGCUUGAGCUUUAAUUGUUCAGUCUUUUCCUCGGUUUCUAAAAUUGAGAAAUCCCAAGGAGCGGAGCAUUAACCGAAGGAGAAGGCAGAUAUGAUUACUCGCAGACUAACAGACUGUGGUCAGGCUCGGAGGAGGCACUGGUGCGGUUUCCUGUUUUUUAGCACCGAGCCACUUACAGUAGGUCCACUUUCUGUCUGUAUUUGUUUUGAGAAAAAAAUUAAGUGUUUUAAUAAAAAUGGGAUUGAUGUAAACAUU